AUGGAAAGUUUUUAUUGUAUCUUCUGCGCUAAAGAAGUCACUUCUCGUCAGGAAGCUCUGUUAUGUGAUGGCUGCGACAGGUGGCAACACCGGCGAUGCCAGACAGGCAUCACGAGGGAAGACUACAGGGCUGCAGUGCGAUCAGGAAAGGAGAUCGUUUGGACAUGCAUUUACUGUGCUGAUGAUGAUUCCAUACCCAUCGCUGAGAGUACAAGACUCGAUGACUUUGACAUUCCACCGUCACUUGAUACACCGUCCCAGCGAUCAACAGCGGAAUACGAUAGCCGAGAGAGCUUGGAGGACAACCGUAAGUUUUUUUUUUUUUUUCUUGUACUUGGUGUUUCCAUAAUGAAUUAUUAUGAUUAAUCAGUUAGUCUGUCUUUUCUCUUAAAAUCUUUCUAGUUCUCGCAAUAGUUCACCCUAAUCAUAAUCGCCCUUUUCUGUUUCUUUUUUUAUAAUUAAUGUGAUUUUUGCCGUUUAUUCCACAGAUAACGAUUGCCUCACCGAGUCUUCAAUUGCUGAGCCACUCCCAAGCCGCGACGUCAUUGCCCACCACCGGGCCUCAGUUACUUACCAUCUAGUGGAAGAGGGAACCAAACGCGGGAGAGCCAUGCUAGUCGAUAGCCUUGGAUUUACUUAUAACGUAAAUGCCAAGAGAUCCCACGCUACCUAUUGGCAGUGCACGGUCCGUCCAAAAGGCAACCCCUGUAAGGCCUCGGUAGCAGAAAGAGACGGAACAUUCCAAGCGGGAAGAAUUCCCAUAACCACUCGGGCGGAUGUUGGCGCCGCAACCGCGAGAAAGAUCGUCACUACGGUUAAAGCCAAAGCGCUGGAGAACAAGUUCAAGCCAGCUUCGGCGAUAGUGAAUGAGGUAAUUAAUUCACUCGUUCUUUGCGUCAAAAGCCCUCACUCGCUCGUUCACGUGUUUUGACCCAAAGAACUUGUGAAUAUAACCCCGUACGCCGCAUGACGUAAAUUAUAUGAAUUAAAAAUAAUUCUGUCGAAUACAGUUUAGAUGAUAACCAUGCCUAAAAUAAGAACCUAGUUUAACUGUAACCCCAUUAAUCUGUUCCUAUGUUUUAGGUCCUGUUGGAUCAAUUGACAGAAGCCCCGUGCCCAGCCCUUCCCAAACCCGAGUACAUAGCGAGGGCCGCCAACCGUCUGCGCCAAAGUUUACGACCUGAAGACCCGAAGGACCUGAACUUCGAGCUGAUAGAAGAAUGUAUUCCCCAAGGAUUCUACCAGGCGAAUGUAAUAGUGAAGAACCGACGGCACCUCAUAUUUGCCAGACCAGAACAGCUGCAGACUUUGGCUAUAGCAAAGUCCUGGUACGUCGAUGGCACCUUCAAGCUAGUACGACAUCCCUUCAAACAGCUCGUAACCAUCAACGCCUUUGUUAGAUCCGGCGAGUGCGCGAAACAAGCACAGCCCAUUGUGGAUCUCGUCGAUUACAUGAAACGCCAGUGGAUCGAAAACCCCGUCUUCACGCCAAAGGACUGGAGCGUCUACAAACAACCAGUUCGUACCAACAACGACAUAGAAGGUUGGCAUAACGCCCUAAAUCGCAGAGCUGGUGGGCAAUGCAACCUGCCUUUAUAUUAUCUCAUCGAGCUACUGGACAGGGAGGCGGAGCUCACAGCUCUCACCAUUAGGCUGGUCUCCGAGAGGAAAUUGAAGCGCAUGCAGCGUAAAACUUACAGACAUCUACAAGCCAAGUUGUUUGAAUACUGGGAGCAGUAUGACAACCGACAGAAGACCGCCUCGCAGCUCCUCAAGGUCUGUUCACAUCUAAACGGCCCAGCACGUUAA